UUUGGCACUCUAAACUAAACCCUUUUUAGAACUCUCCAGAACCCAAGCAAGCCCCUCAUCUCUCUCUCUCUCUCUCUCUCUCCAUAAAAACCCCUCUCCUCAAUCCCCUUCCCCUAAUCUCAAAUAAACUCCAUAGCAAUUAUACAUUCUCCCUCUACAUAUUCGUUUCACUUUCUUUCUCUAGAUUCAAGUCGAAAUGGAUGAGGAUUUCGAUAUUCCAGCGGCCCAGGGGAUGAACGAGGAUUUCGACAUGCCGGACCAGAGUCCGAUCAUGAAGGUCGGUGAAGAGAAGGAGAUCGGGAAGCUAGGGUUGAAGAAGAAGCUUCUCAAGGAAGGUGAAGGUUGGGACACUCCUGAAAAUGGCGAUGAAGUUGAAGUUCAUUACACUGGGACUUUACUUGAUGGUACUCAGUUCGAUUCGAGUCGUGAUAGGGGAACACCGUUUAAGUUCACUCUUGGCCAGGGACAAGUAAUAAAGGGUUGGGAUGAGGGUAUCAAGACAAUGAAGAAAGGAGAAAAUGCUAUUUUCACUAUUCCAUCUGAGCUUGCCUAUGGUGAAUCUGGUUCUCCUCCAACCAUUCCCCCCAAUGCUACUCUCCAAUUUGAUGUAGAAUUGCUAUCCUGGGUCAGUGUCAAAGACAUUUGCAAGGAUGGUGGAAUAUUCAAGAAGAUACUUGCUGAAGGAGAGAAAUGGGAGAAUCCCAAGGACCUUGAUGAAGUUUUAGUGAAGUUCGAAGUGCAUCUUGAAGAUGGAACCUUGGUUGCAAAAUCAGAUGAAGUAGAGUUCACUGUUCAAGAGGGAUAUUUCUGCCCUGCUCUUGCUAAAGCUGUGAAAACAAUGAAGAAAGGAGAAAAAGUUCUUCUAACUGUGAAGCCGCAAUAUGGGUUUGGAGAGAAGGGCAAGCCAGCAUCCAGUGAUGGUGGUGCAGUGCCCCCUAAUGCAACAAUGCAGAUAACUCUUGAGUUGUUGUCAUGGAAGACUGUGACCGAAGUAACAGAUGAUAGGAAGGUUAUUAAGAAGACCUUGAAGGAAGGGGAGGGAUAUGAGCGCCCGAAUGAAGGAGCUGUUGUCCAAUUGAAAUUGAUUGGUAAGUUGCAAGAUGGUACCAUCUUCCUUAAGAAGGGUCAAGAUAAUGAUGAAGAUCUGUUUGAGUUCAAGACAGAUGAAGAGCAAGUCAUUGUUGGGCUUGACAGAGCGGUGAUGAAAAUGAAGAAGGGUGAGGUGGCAUUACUGUCUAUUGCACCAGAAUAUGCCUUUGGUACAUCUGAGUCAAAGCAAGAAUUGGCUGUGGUCCCUCCGAACUCAACUGUUUACUAUGAAGUCGAGCUGGUUUCCUUUGUCAAGGAGAAGGAAUCCUGGGAUAUGAACACCCAAGAAAAAAUUGAAGCUGCUGGGAAGAAGAAGGAAGAAGGAAAUGCUUUGUUCAAGGCGGGUAAAUAUGCCAAGGCCUCAAAGAGAUAUGAGAAGGCUGCAAAAUACAUCGAGCAUGAUACUUCCUUCAGUGAUGGGGAGAAGAAACAGGCCAAAGCAUUGAAGGUUACUUGCAAUCUCAAUGAUGCGGCUUGUAAGCUAAAAUUAAAGGAGUACAAGCAGGCAGAGAAGCUGUGUACGAAGGUAUUAGAGCUUGAGAGUAGUAAUGUGAAGGCACUCUACAGGAGGGCCCAAGCCUAUAUCAACAUUGCUGAUUUGGAUUUGGCAGAGUUUGAUAUCAAGAAAGCUCUUGAAAUUGACCCGAACAACAGGGAUGUGAAAUUAGAAUACAAAACAUUGAAGGAGAAGAUGAAGGAAUACAAUAAAAAGGAUGCCAAGUUUUACGGCAACAUGUUUGCAAAGUUGAAUAAGUUGGAGCCAGUGGAGCCUAAUAAAGGAGCUACCAAGGAAUCAGAGCCUAUGAGCAUAGACAGCAAAGCAUAAGUGGAGUUCGAAUUGGACUGCUAAACCCGUUUUAUGGUUUCUAUUCCAUUGUUUUUUGUUUUUUCGUUUCUGUUUUUUUAAGAUCUAUUUGUAGGACUAGUUGGUCUUUUGGCAGACAUAAAAGAGUUUGUAAUGGAUUUCUUGUGGGGAUUUGCUUAUUGGAUUUCCAUAUGGGAAUUUGCUGACAUAAUUGUGGUGCGAAACCAUGGCUAAUGAAUGAGAAUUGGUCAAAUGCAUUUUGAGUGUGAUUGUGUUAUGGUUCCAUCAAUGAGUGGUGGUUCCAUUUAUGCUA